ACGGCAUCUGGACUCGCGAGGCGCACCGACACGGGGAUCCGCGCGGGCAGACUGGGGAGCCUGGAGCUACACGGAGCGCGAGAGGAGAACGACAGAACUUUGUCCUUCGCUUCCCAGAACCGGACCGCCGAGGCAGCGCGAACCCCGCCCUCUGCCGAGCCGCCACCGCCGCCACCGUCUCCGGCAAGAUGUACAGGUCCACCAAGGGGGCGUCCAAGGCGCGGAGGGACCAGAUCAACGCCGAAAUCCGGAAUCUAAAGGAGCUGCUGCCCAUCUCCGAAGCGGACAAAGCUCGGCUCUCCUACCUUCACAUCAUGUCCCUGGCGUGCAUGUACACCAGGAAAUCGGUGUUCUUCUCGCAGGGUACCGGCACCCAGGAGGAGAGCGGGGCGUUCCUGUCCUUCCAGGAGCUGUCCGAGUUCGUCCAGGCGCUCUCCGGCUUCCUGCUGGUGAUGACCAGCGAAGGCAAGCUGCUCUACCUGUCGGAAAACGUCACGGAGCACCUGGGCCACUCCAUGGUGGACCUCGUGGCGCAAGGCGACAGCGUGUAUGACAUCAUCGACCCCACCGACCACUUCGUCAUGCGCAGCAACCUGCUCCCGAGCCCUGCCGCCGCCGCGGGUGAGAACCGCUCCGUGCCCCCGGGGCGCUUGUGUUUGUGCUCGGUGCCCCUCGGCACCCCCGCUCACGCUGCCCUCUGCUCCCCCUCCGCAGUCAGCGAGGCCGGCGAUGGCAAGGUGGAGCUGGUCGUCCGGCUGCAGGCGCGGGACUCCUCCUGGGUCUGGAUCUACGCGCUGCUCCAGCUGGAGGCCCGGGAGAAUCCCAUCAGCUGCCACAACUACGUCAUCAGUGACGCGGAGGCCUGGAGCCUCAGGCAGCAGCUGGCGUCCGAGGAGAGCCAGCUGGCCUUCGUGCUGCGCGCGACCGCCUCCUACCAGGAGAGCCUGCUGCAGUCGCCGGGCCAGCUGUCCAGCCCGGACCAGGUCUUCACGCCCAGCAGCGGCGGCCUGUCUGUCCAGUCCUUCGACUUCGGCUCCGUCUGCCCCGCGGACAGCGGCCAGGAGCUCUCCGACGAGGCGGGGGCCGGCGGCUCCCAGGGCGCGGCGGCUCUGGGGCCGGACGAGCCCAUGCAGCUGGGCGGGACGCGGUCCAGCAUCUCCUCGGCCGAGGAGGAGCCCCCGGCCCCCGGCCAGCAGCCCCCCGGCGACGCCCUGGACUUCUUUGCCCGCAACUGCGCGUUCCUCCCCUUCCAGGCCGACCCCCUGCUGCCCGGCCCGCCGCCCAAGGAGUUCGUCUGCACCCCCCCCUACACCCCGCAGCAGGGCGGCUGCAGCUUCCUGUUCGGGGCCCCCGACCAGACCUUCCCCCCCUCCGAGACCACGCCCUCCGAGCUCUUCUUCCCGCUGGACAGCUGCAGCAGCGCCGCCUACGAGAAGCUGCCCCCGACGCCCGACAGCCCCGGCGACGGCGACUGCACGGUGAUGACCGUGCCCGAGGUCAGGGGGCCCCUGUACAUCGACGUGCCCAUGGUGCCCGAGGGCCUGCUGACCCCCGAGGCCUCGCCCAUCAAGCAGCCCUUCUCCUUCUUCAGCUACUCGGAGAAGGAGAGGGCGGAGAUCAGCCUGCUGGCGGAGCAGAUCAGCACGCUGGCCGAGGGCCUGAGCUCGGCCCUGUACCCCGACCCCCUCUUCGGCGCCAAGCAUGCCCACGUCGCCCGCAGCUCCUCCCUGCCGGCUGGGGUGCCUCCCGUCCCGCCCCAGCCCGGCCUCCUGGUGGACUUUUCCCAACUCAAGCCUUGGAAGAGCAUCGACUUUUCCCUCCUGGCAGAGGACGCCUCCCUGUUUGAAGAGAACGUCUUCGAGAGCAUCCUCAAGGACUUCUCCUCCUCCUCCUCCUCCUCCUCCUCGCCCCCCUCUCCCAGUGUCCCGUCCCUGGCCGCCGCUCCGCCCCUCCCUCCCGCCAAGGUGGGUGGCCAGGUGACGGCGAGGCGCCCCGCCCCCCAGUUUGGGGGGACGGUUGGGGGCGCUGGUAGUAGUCCACUCAGCCUGGACGCAGCGGAUCCUCGCGUCGAAGCGGCGCACCCUAGUAGCGUGGCAGGGGUGGCGGCCGGGGGGGUGCCCUUGGCGGCGCCCCUCUCGCCCCCCUCCACCGACCUGUCUCCGGAAGAGCAGUCCUUCCUGGAAGAGCUAGCCUCGUAUGAACCAGUGUUUGAGGCGAGUGCCUCGAGCUGCCCCUGUGAUGGGUUCCACGAUGAGUUGUAUCAACUCCGGAAUCACAUGCAAGACAACUUCCAUGAAGAUGGGAGUGGAAGGGAUCCUCCGUUCUAAAAUAAGUCUGUGACUUACUUCAUUAAGUAUGGCAUAUUGUCAUAUUUUGUGGAGCUUCUUUUACCAAAUGUGAAGAAUAUUUAACAUGAGGAAAAUAUUCACUGAAGUUUUUAGCUCUCAGCUACUGAUGGGACCAAGGUUGUCUUCUCUAUUUUUUUCCCACAAAGGUGCAUAAUAUGUACUCUGGGUGAGAUGCCGGUUUGAGUGCAUAAUAAUAAUGGAAGCUUCAGUUUUGUACAGAGAGAAAGCAUAUUCACUGAGAUUGUAAGCACUGUAUUAAGAGCAUACUGGAUAGAAUAGCAACAUGCUGUAGCUAUUUGGGAGACAAAGAGGACAUUGUAAGUGGACUUACAUAUGUAUCUGUAUUCACUCGUAGUGAGUAAUCUGUAUGUAACUUAUCGAGAAAAAUGUUUUUUUACAAAAAGCUUUUCCUUGCUGUUGGUACAAUAGAAACAAGCUUGCUCGCUUGCUCAAUGCAUACACAGGAGAACAAACAACAACAACGACCCAAUUUGACCUCGGUGUUGAAUAGGAGCCGCUGCAUUGACUAGCUUGCAGAUUCACAUCAGUUCAGGGGCAGGAGUCAAGGGUCCUGCUUCUGAGUUAUCGGAGUGAGAAGCAUUGCAGCACACAAGUCCUCCCUCCAGCCACAGGUGUCCUGCCACACCGCGCCCACAGACCUAGAGCUUCCCUGCCCGAAAUAACACUGGGGUCCUCUCAAGGAGGAGAGCGCCAUCUGCUGCUGUCGUAUCAGAACUGCAAUAUUGAAAACUUGAAAAAAAACCCAACUGCUUGGUUGAGCUUCUUCACGCUGAUGGGAUAUUCGCUUGUGGCUGCAAUGUUUCUGGCUUUUAAGACCUUGUGUAAUGUGUUGUAUAGAAAAAUGUAAAAAAACCGAGAGGCAGUAGCUGCGCCACAGUAGAGCUGUUUUAUAUGUGGUGCACAGACUGCCCUCCAGACGAAUAAUAGCAGAGUUGUGUGUCUGCCAGAUGCACAACGAGCACACUGAUUGUAUUCCGAUGGGAUGGAGUGCACCGAGCCGCGGGCGGGCAGCUGGCCAUCGGGAUUGUGGCAUCAAUAUUUGAAACGCCGUGGUGACCCCCCUGCCAGCCGCCCGGGUCCUGGUGAGGUGGACUUCGCUCAGUAGUGCCCUGCGGUUGCUUAGCUGGGGUGCCUGGCAUGGCUGGGGCUGUGCCAGCGCAGUGAGAGAACCCCCAGUCUUUCCUGGGGUUCAGUAUUGGGACGCAGGUUGCGGAAACAAAGGUAAAAGAACUCUUGUUCUGGGUACUGUUACACUAAACUCCAGCGACACGGAGAGAAUGUGUCUGUUCCUCCGUGUCGUCACGUUAACGUAGAGUUGUCUACGGUCAAGUAUAAGGAUUGAUUCCUGUAUAAGUUCUAGCUAUUUAAUUGCUAAGUUUAAGAAAAAUGUUCUAUGUAUAUACAUAUUUAUAGAUAUGUAUAUGCUGUACAGUGAUUCACAGAAUGUGAAAGGAGUAAAAUUUGUAUAUUUAUAUAAAUACAGUAUGUACAGAAAAAACCUUUUUUAUAAAACAUUUAAGAAAAUGGACAUUGUGAAACAGUUGUGUUGCUGAUAAGUGUAUUUUGUUGUUAAACAAAUGCAUUUAUAUUAAAGUGCACUUAAAAGCUGAUGUUA